AUGGAUUUCAAUAACCCUAAUGCGUAUGGCGGCCAGUUCGCCAAUUCCCCGCAACACGCCCAAUUCGAUGCACAGGCGCGGCUCCAGCAGCAAGCCAACCCACAUGGGCAGUACGGGCAGUCCCCGUCGUUCCCGGGCAUGGGUGGCGCCAUGGGGAGCAAUGGCAUUCAGCCAGGAGCCCCGUAUCUCCAGCAGCGAGCCGCCAUGCAACAGGCGCAACAACAGCAGGCGCAACAGCAGCAGCAGCAACAACACCAGCUGUCGUCGCCGAGCCCCUACUCGAACGCGCCCUAUGCGCAGACGAUGCCCUCGCCUGCCCACCACCAGUUUGCCCAGAACCGCCAGACGGCCUCCCCUGCCAGCACCACUGGCCAGGCACCCUAUGCGACACCGCAGCCACAGCCCUCGCCCAGCAUGCAGACCAACGGCCAGCAGACCCCCAUGAACCUCCAGCUGCCCGUCAAGGCGGAGCCGCCCCAGGUCCCGACGCCCGUUAAGCAGGUGCCCCCAUCGCCAGUGUCGCCCGCCAACCCGGCGCGUAAUGCAGACCGCGUCGCAACCCUCCUCGACAUCAACAGCAUCCUCAUCAAAGAAGUUUGCGAGCUCCAGACGCAGGGCAAGGCGGGCCAAGUCGGGCCCACGCCAGAAGGGAAGCCCGAAGGCGACAAACCGCAGCCAUCCAAGGAAUACGUCGACUACAUGCGCCGCCUCCAGGCAAACCUCGCCUACCUCGCGCAGAAUGCGGAGAAGGUGCCCAAGCCUGGACAACAAAUACAACCGGGGCCCGCCAUCAUGUCGAUACCCGCCUCACCCGCCGAGCUCGUCAAGCUAUAUACCAAACUGCAGGAGCUGUUCCCAGGAUGGAAGGGGCAGACCCCACAAAUGAAGCAGUCGCCCGGACCGCAACGGAUGAACUCGAAUGCGUCACAACCACCGAAUAGUGCAGGCCUGCAGCAAAAUUGGGGGCAGAAUGCGAUGCAGCAAGGCAUGCAGCAAUCACAGCAACAACAACAAACGAAGCAGGAGAACCAAUAA